ACGUGCGGUCCGUUAUUGGGCGGGACUGGGCGGUCCGUUACCACGGACGCGGUCGCAGCGGGCGGAAUGGCGGCGGCCGCGCCCCCCGCGCUGUCCUUCCGCACCUACGAAGAGUACCUGGAGUCGCAGUUGACGGCGUUGGACAUGUACUAUCUGGAGAGCGAGGAGGUGGGGCGGCAGCUGGUGGAACUGGGCUUCCGCGGCUCCGGGAACGUGCUGCAGCGAGAGGAGUUCGAGGCCAGGGCGCUGGCCGCGGAGCUCACGGCGGUGGCCCCCCAGAAGUCACUAGCAAGUGUAGGAAAAGAACUGAAAGAUAACUUUUUGCGGGCCCUGGCAGAAAGAGAGGAAGCCAAUUGUACUGGAAAAAUUUCUUCCAUUAUCUUCAUUCAUGACCGAAAUUCUCAUCGCCAGGAGGUGUCUGCAUACAUCGACUAUGCACACAGACUGACAACAGAUGAUUUUGAAGUCUACUUCAGUGGGAAGAAAAGACUUUUACCUCGGAACACUGAUCUGAGCUUUUACAACUGGGAUAGAAAUGUCAGCACUUCAAAUUCCAGCCCAAAUUACGAAGUGAUUGCAGAAGAUGCCUCUGGACUACUCUUCAAGAACAAAAGUGAUAGGAAAAUAAUAAAUGUGGAUCCCAAGGGCUACCCAGGAGACAACACAACACGGACACCUGUUGAAACAGAUCUCUAUUUCCAUGUUGUUUUCUAUGACCAUAUAAUCAGAAGAGGGACCUAAGGUCUAUCUGUGUGGUGCUUUUCUCAGUGAUUUGUGUAGCUGUUUUAAAGUCAUCUGGAAGAAAAAUAAACAGUUGAAAGAUCUUUAUCUUGUAUUCAGGGGUAGGAAGGGGGAAUUUCAUAUUGGUUUAGAGUUGGUUCCUUGAGGGAGGUAAAGUGGAAGGAAGACCCCAUACUGCUGUAGAGUCCUCGUCUACCUGGGCCUCGUGAUUGUCUUCUGUGAAGUCCAUGUGGUAUAUGAAUUGCAAAACACCUAAAGGGAAGACAGAAGGUUUGGACCCAACUUUUCUCACUACUCCAAAGGCAGCACGGUGGCUGGGACAAUCAGAGGUGCUGCAUUCUUUCCUGGAGUAAAGAAGAAACUACUGUCCCAUAGUUCCUCAGCAACAGGAUGUUUUUAAAAUCUUCUUGGGAGACUUUUCAGGUAGGCCUGGACCUCUGUUGAGCAGCUAACACCAUUUAAUAUGGACCAAGCCAUUCAUGGGGUAGCAGAGAGAAGUUGUAGUAAGUAGACUGGUAAAUGUAAAGAAAUCUGCAGCACUUUGAUGGCAUUAGUGGUUCCUUAAAGGCCACUUUUCAUCCAUUCCUGCUCUUGCUGCUCUUCUAGUACCAACUUGCCAGAAGUUCAGGCAGCAGUGCAAUGGCCCAAGGGACUCUUCCAUUCCCAGGGCACUUGGGUAAGUUGCCUGUACUUACAUGACCCAGCUGGUAUAGCGACCAGUGUAGCUGUCUGCUUACUGGAGAACUGGAAAAUGGUACAAAGCUAAGCAGCAAAAAGAAUGAGCAGGAAAGAAAAGCAGCAGUUACAGAGAAAAGAAAAAGGAUGUGGAGGUGAAGGCAGAGAAAACCAAGGCAGAAAAUGACUGGGUAAAAUUCUCUGGACCUUAUUCUUUAAGUGAUUUAAUGAUCUUUUCUGGCCUUGGUACUGUGAAUUUGUGAAAAGGACAAGGGAGGUAACUUAGACAGAAAAAAAAAAGAUGGUAGCAGCGCUGCUAGGCUUACCAUAGGGUGGGGUUUAUCUGCCAGCCUCAUCACAAGCAUGUUCCCUUUGGAAAAGGCUGAGAGCCUCGGUCUUAGCAGUUGGCGCAUUAAAGAUCCCUUUACUGCAAGGAGAGGGAGUGUUCCAACAAUUACAAAGUGAAAGUUGUUACUUCAAAGCUGCAAUAAUUUGGGAGGGACUUAGAAGCCUUGUUUUCUUUCUCAUAAAGCUUUCAAUGUUAUGAAGUUUUACCAUUUCCAAAAUAAAAUAAAAUCUUUUACUGUAA